UAUUCUAACAGUACUUUGUAUACAGACAUUGAGUGAAAUGCUGGAGCCUUCGUUAUAGGUGACGAAGAUCGAUAAGAUAGACGCUAAAAAUAGCCGAUCUGCGAGUGGCGCAGGGCGAGAGGUUCCUGUACGAGUACGACAUCACGCUUCUCCAUCUUUUAUAACAUCCACUCGUUCCUGUCACUAUCGAUUGACCUUUAACUGACGCCAAUCGCAUCGGGGAGUUAUUCGUAUCCCUGACACUUUUACGCGCGCGCGCAAUAUGCUCGAUGAGAACCUCCCCACAUUCUACCUCAAACAUGGCCAGAAUAAACACUCCUGGGUCAUCUACCUCUGCCACCACGGUGACGAACCCACCCCAGCCUACCACCUCCGCUACCCCGACCCAUCCUCUCCCUCCUCGAAAAACCGCUACGCAGUAGCCCUCUGCGAUCCCUACGUCCCGGAAAUCAUCUACGGCGAAGUCCUCCUCAUCCCAGAAUGGACACAACCAUCACUCUCCGCAGACGCGAUCCGCGCAAACGGUGGCGUUACGCCUCCCCCUGAACCCAUCCUCCCGAGCCAGUUCGUUGUGCAUUUGUAUAAUCCGGACCAAGAGAUCGUUGUGCGGUAUAAGCCCAAGACAUGGAAUAGCCCUGCGAUGUGGGAUUUCGAAAUGCCGCAGCAUACGUUCCGGCAGCCGUCGAGCUCGACGCUAGAUCGCACACAGAUUGAUCCUGCGAUUGCGGAUGUUACGCCGAAACUGCGCUUUGGAUGGCGGAAGGAUAGCAAGUUAUCCAAGGAUCUGGCGUGUUUGUUAUCUGGAAAAACAGCAUCGAUUCCUGAGACAAAGACGAAGAGUAAAGAGCCGGAUAUCACGAUUUCGAUAUUCAAGGGUCUGCGCGAGCUGACAUUAUACGAACCAAAUUUGUAUCGCGUGGAGAUGGAGGAUUUUAAGGGGUUGGAGUGUGUGUUGUUGCUGGGGGCUGUUACGAUUAGAGAUGUGUUUUUUACGUCUAUUGAGAAGGCAUUUUCGAUUUCGCAUGAUGUCAAGAAACCGCAUAUGACUCCGCAGAAUGCUCUUGCUGUGCAGAAACCUAUCCAGAAACCGGGUCCUAGCACUGCUUCUGUUGCUCCUGCUCUUGCAAGCAGCAAUAAAGCACAACCUCAGCCUCAGUAUCAGCCUCAGCAACCACCCGCUAUGUCUGGUGCAUUGGUUGCGAAUAACAAACCGCACCCUACAGGCCAAGGCCCGCAACGACCACGGAUUACCAUUCCCCAGCAAACCAAGCCAUUGCCAGAAGCCGUGCCCCAGUCCCAGCCUCAACCUCAGCCUCGUUCGCAACAACAACAGCAACAGCAACAGCAACAGCAACCACAACAAGUACGUUUCUCCCCCGGUACCAAACCAGACGACGACCUCCGCCGUCAGAAGAAAGCCCAAGAAGCAAACGACAAAGCGCGCCGCAAGAAGCAAAUCGAAAUCGAAAAGGAAACAAAGCGUCUACAAAAGAUUUACGGCAGAGAGGAAGAGCAAGUGCGCAAAUCUCAGCAACAGCGCCCUACACAGCCUCGGCCACAACCCCAACCGCAACCUCAGCGUCAGCCACAACGCCCGACUCAGCAUCGUCCUAUGCAAUCACAUCCAUCGUCAUCACGGCCACAUCUUCCGCCACGUCCUGGUCCUGGUCCCAGUUCAGGCCCGUAUCUUCACGCCCCACCAUCACAAGCAGGUCCGAAUCGACGACCGAACGCACAUGCAUCAGUACAAUUCCUUCCGCUCCAGCCACAACACGUAUCGUCACCGGCCUUGCAGCAAAAGAAGAGCAGUUUCUUUGGAUUGCGCCGGUCGUCGGAGGAGAAGAAUAAGGAGAAGUUGGCGAAGAAGCGGAGUUCAAUGUUUUGAGUUGUUUCACUUCCGAGAUUGUCCUCAUAUUUGCAUUUGUUUCAUCUAUACCCAUGGCGUUGGUUGGCGUUUAUUUGAACUAAGGACAAGAGCAUAAUGUUCAAUAUGCAUAAGCAUAGGCGUGCUUGUAAAAUCAGCAUAGGAUAGCAAUAAAAAGUUGAAUACGUUUCAUUCGGAUUCAAUAUGCUUGGCCUUUCUUCCUUCGUACUACCUAUGCUUCCAAUGGUAUCCUUAACGCCAUAGUCAGCGUUGCUUCUUCCCAGGCUAUAAUAGUAGCUACUAUUGCUAAGCUAUCGCUUGUUUUACAAUAGGCUGUUUGCUAAAGCAACCCGGGAUCUCACUUCACAGCAUUUUACUCAUUUGUUUGCCUCACUGUCCCAAUCAAUUCCUUCACUUCAUCAGCUUCUCCGUCUCUGUCUAUAUCUAUACUUUCUCAUCUUCACCAUCCAUAAUAAGAAAAACAAACUACAU